UGAGGAGGGCAGUAUGUGGACAUGUGCUCACGCCCUAAAGACGUCGUGGUGGUGCCACCCUGUUCGGCCCAUGUGUGGCAGCGUGGAGCAAAAUUACAGUUACACGUUUGGAAAAACUGCGUAUCGAGUGGUCUUUGUUGCUUCAUAGUUCCAGUGUGGUCAUUGUGAGUUAUGGGGUGUAAGAAAGAGGUCAGACCGACAGAUAGGCCUAGAAGUUUUGUCAUGUGAUUAUUUUGUACUGCCUUCGUUGUUAAAUCUCACCCCCAAACCAGUCUCACAUACAAGUGUGGUUCAUGAGCAUUUGGUUUCAAGACACCAAUGGCCUUGUAGUUGCCUUCCAAACCAGCCCCCUCGAAGUGGAGAAGGCUAUUUGUUGGGUAUUGUUUGAGAACGACUGACUUGAGGUUCGGUCGGACAGUAUUUCUUCUGGUUGUUUUGGUUAAGAACUUUGAAGACCUUUGAUCCAUCAUGCAAGAGCAGCGGAUUUCGCGUUGGUAUUUUGGUGGAGUUGCCUCUUGUGGAGCCGCAUGCUGCACUCACCCACUCGACCUGAUCAAGGUUCUUCUGCAGACGCAGCAGGAGGUAAAGACCAGGAUGGUUGGGAUGGCUGUGCAUGUGGUGCGCAGCGAUGGAGUCCUGGCUCUCUACAGCGGCCUCACCGCUUCAGUCUGCAGACAGUUCACCUACUCUUUGACCCGAUUCGCCAUCUAUGAGACGGUCCGGGACAAGAUUACCAGUGAUUCACACAGACCCAUGCCCUUCUACCAGAAAGUUCUACUGGCUGCAUUUGGAGGGCUAGCAGGGGGGUUUGUUGGUACACCAGCAGACAUGGUUAAUGUAAGGAUGCAAAAUGAUGUCAAACUCCCACCAGAACUCAGGAGAAACUAUUCUCAUGCGUUGGAUGGCCUUUGGCGAGUUUGGAGAAAGGAGGGAAUAAGGAAGCUGUUCUCAGGAGCCACCAUGGCAUCUAGUAGGGGCGCUCUAGUCACCGUUGGACAGCUCUCGUGUUAUGACCAGGCCAAGCAGUUAGUUUUGGGCUCUGGGAUGAUGACGGACAACUUUGUCACCCAUUUCUUUGCCAGCAUCAUAGCAGGGGGUUGCGCUAUAAUUCUGUGUCAGCCUUUAGAUGUGUUGAAGACCAGGCUAAUGAACGCAAAAGGGGAAUACAAGGGUGUUGUCCAUUGUCUGCUUGAUACCGCCAAACUGGGACCCAAGGCUUUUUACAAGGGUCUAGUUCCGGCUGCCAUUCGGCUCAUGCCCCAGACCGUGCUCACCUUCAUCUUUCUGGAGCAGCUGCGAGCGCACUUUGGCAUCCGAGUCAUCUCCUCAACGUGAGGGCUUCUUCUAUAUCCUGAGCUCACUGUGGACACACAAAGGCUACAUGUUGGACCAGUGAGAUGCACCUCCCCCCACCCCAUAAUAUACCUCUGCUCUCUGGAACUCUGCAUUGUUUUCAUACAAGAACCAAGCGAGGCAAACUGAAUCCGACACGACCCCCCAGAAGAUUUUGUGUGGAAGCUAUGCCUCUCUGUUUCACAAACAAACUUUAUUAGCCUUCAGUGUGACUUUGGGAUCUGAGGGAUAUCACUGUGUGGUGUCGUUUUUUUCACUAGAGUUUGAUGAGCCAUUUGGAUGGAGACCACUCGUUAUGCUGACCUGUGUUCUAUGCACUAAUAUUACUGAUGUGCCCUAGGCGCAUAUGAUGUGUGGGUGCACACUGCAUGGGUCACUCAUUGUCAAGGGAACAUGGGAAGGCAUCAAAGUCAAAGCCAUCUUACUCAAUGAAGAAAAUAUGUCAUGUAAUGAAUUAAAUGCAAUAUUUGCAAUGCAUUUUAUUGUGUAUUUAAAGAUGCAGUGGCAGCUGAAGAAAAAAAAUUCUCUCACUAUGCUCAACAGUUUAUUUGAAUUAUGGAAUACCUUCUCACUCAAAGGAAAUAAAAAUGGGGUAGUGCCAUGG